AGUGAAAUCCCGCAGCAACAAGGAAAAAUAGAAUCAGGCGAGGAGUGCGUCUGCGCUUUGUCGCCUUUACACCCCCUUCUUUUUUUCUUUCCUCUCCACACUCGCACACCAACAACAAGAACAGCGAACCAAAAUGAUCGGCGGUGAGUACAAGAAAGAGCGCUUCAGCGAGCGGCUGACAGCGUCGCAGAACCAACCCAAGAACCGUGGCUACCUACCUGGUACGCAGCCCAAGACGGGCGGCUACGGAACCGGCACAUUGAUGGGCAACUGGAGCGAGGAGAGAUCAGAUGCGGGCUACUACGAUGGGAAGGCCGUGGUGAAGCCGGGUCUGCGUGUGUUGCCGACUACCACGUAUCGGGAAAUGGUGCAGAAGGUGGAGUCCGCUUCUUCUGCGUCUCACGUGCCGCCGGCGGUCGGCAGCAUCACCUCGGCCACGUCCUCGGCACUCGCGGCGUCCCCGUGCGACCGCCGGCAGUUUUCACAGGCGACCUUUGUGGAGAUCGAGGACCGCACUGAGAGCUCCUAUCCGGCCCACCAGCCUCAUCUCGAUCCCGCCUACCAGAACACUGUGAAGACCGCCUACCGCAGCACCUUCCAGAUGUCGUACAUCUCUCCCGAGGAGCGGCUGCAGGCGGAGCGGGAGUGUGUGCCACGAGUACUGAGCGGGAACCCGUCAUCGCCUGCGGAGGCGGUGCUGCGGCGACUGCGACACGCGUUGAGGGUCGCCCUCGAUGGGGGGGAGUUGACGACGCCGUCACUUUUCCCCGGCAACGUCAUCCGAUCCAUCCGCAAGACGGUCGCCGCCAGCUGCACCGACCCCAAGGGCAACAUCAACGCCGCCGAGUUGCACGAGGGCUUCGCUGCCGCAGGCGUGAACACGUCCGCGGAUGAGUGCACGGUGCUGGUUCGUCACUUUGACCAGGAGGGCUACGGUACAGCGGCGUACACGGUCAUCGUGAACGGACUCCGCGGCAACAUGUGCGAGCGUCGUGCCAACCUGGUAGAAAGCGUCUACGGCCAUCUCAAGGACCUCAGCAAGGAGGGCGUCGUCCGCUUGAAUAACUUGGUCGAGUGGAUUGACCUCUCUUAUUGGCCAGCGGUGGCGUCCGAAACGGUCUCCGAGGACGCUGUGCGGUGCGACUUCAGAGAUCAGUGGGACUUACCCUUUCCGUCUUCCCACGUCAGCCUUGAGCGCUUUAUUUCCUACUUUGCCGAUUUCUCUUUUGAGGUGGCUGUCGACAACGUAUUUGAGCUGACGAUGCGCAACAUGUGGCACUUCAGCGGUGGCGUUGGCUGCUGCGAGAAUCAGUCGUGCAGGCGCGUCCUGGUGACCCGCACUAACGGUCAAACAACGCGUGAAGUCAUCAAAGACGACUUACUGAUCAAGGGGGCCGGUGCGGAGGUGGAACCGCUCUUGCUCGAGCAGCUGACGAAGCAGGGCAUCAAGAACGUGAAGUCUAUUCGCGUCGUAUCUUGA